AUGGGAGUGCGUCGGCAUUCUCGAGGACGCACAGACCCGCACCAUCCGAGCCUGUCGCCCGAUGGCCGCUACCUGGCGUCCGUGAGCUUCGACGGCACCACUGUCAUUUGGGAGAAACAAGGGAGCUCGUACGAAGUUAUCUCGAGUCUCGAAGGCCACGAGAGCGAAGUCAAGAGCGUGGCAUGGAGCCCCUCAGGCUCCUACCUAGCCACAUGCAGUCGCGACAAGAGCGUCUGGAUAUGGGAAGCGGAUGCUGAUACCGACUUUGAGUGCAUUUCGGUGCUCCACGCGCAUAUGCAGGACGUCAAGUUCGUGGCCUGGCACCCGAAGGAGGACCUCCUUGUCUCGGCCAGUUACGACGACACUAUCCGCAUUUGGGCUGAGAAUGACGACGAUUGGUACUGCAAGGAGACACUGACGGGCCACACGGCGACGGUGUGGGGCGUUGCACUGAGUCCACAGGGCACGGAGAUGGCGUCGGUGUCUGAUGACACGGACGUGAUCAUCUGGCAGUACGACUCCAAUAGCAAGGAGGUGAACGAGGACGGAGGCUCCAAGCAGUGGAAGCUUAAGUUCACGCUGUCAAACUGCCACGAGCGUACCAUCUUCAGCGUGGACUGGUCCAAGCACGGCGCCUUUUUGGUGACGGGGGCGGCAGACAAUGCUAUCCGUGUCUUCCAGGGCCAACCGAAUGAUACGCCCUCCUCUUUCGACCUUGCAAUCUGUCAGAAAGAAGCUCACGCGAGUGAUAUCAACUGCGUGCGAUGGAGCCCCCAGCUACUGGAGGAUAAAGGCAAGAAGACGUUCCUGCUCGCCUCUGCCGGCGACGACGCGCUUGUGCGUAUCUGGAGCAUGACUAUUUAGCCGAGCUACAUGUACCUCUCCGCGUCAAACCAAUAGGGGCUUUUCAAUAGAAACAAGACAAGAACCUUCAUCCAUCUACAUUAUAAACACAACUUGGCUAAGUCCUCC